AUGUGGUUGUCCAACCUCCUCUCGCGGUCAACGACCAGGCAGCCUCCACAAGAAGCAAUACAAGAGGAAAUAAAGACAGAAAACGAAGCCAAACUACGCGCUGAAGAUGAUUCCGCAUCAGAUACAGAGUCACAGAGCACGCCCAAGGCAUCGGCGUCGGUCGUCGCGCUCCAAGUGCCCGAGCUGAGUCUGGACGAAAACGACAAACCAGCUCCGUCCAACACCACGAGUAUAGCCUCGCCCAUCGCAAAUAAUAGUUCCUCUCUUAUGCCGCCUCCGCCGCCACGAACCCCCGCUUCUAAACCGCCAAGUCUAAAACCCAUCUCCUCUACUACCCAGCAACUCCUCGGCCCUCCAAGACUGAAAACACCAGCACCCCUCCGCACCCCGCCAUCUGCAGCAGCAAGCCUACGAAACCCAGUCGGCGGACUAAGUACAAGUACGCUCGCACCGGCGCAACGGCCGUCUCGCAAAGUGGUCCUUGGACCGGGCUACUCGCCUCUCGACUGGGCAUCGCUAGCCAAAGAUCCACGAAACAAUCUACGAGGAUCUGGACUACCGCCAACCCUGAUCAAAGUGACACCCUCCAUGCUCAAGGCGCACAAUGGCCGAAAGGGCGCUGAUGCAUGGACAUCGUAUAAUGGGAAAGUCUACAAUAUCACUCCCUAUGUCCCCUUUCAUCCCGGUGGGAAAGGGGAGCUGUUGCGAGGAGCAGGGAAGGAUUCGGAAAAGCUGUUUAUGGAAACGCAUCCGUGGGUGAACUGGGAUGGGAUACUGGGGGAGUGUUUGGUGGGAAUACUGGUUUCGGAGAAUGAGAUAGUGGAGACGAAUGCAUUGGAUGCGAUGGACUGA